AUGCAGAAAAAUCCGGCGUCACGCACAACCCGCGGGAAGAACCCGCCAAAAGGAAAGACCACAAAGAAGGUGACGGAGGCGACGAGUUCGACUCCCACGGCCGAGAAAACACCCACGCCGCCACCAGAAGAAAACCCCACUCCGCCGGAAGUUCCACCGCAGCCCAUGCCGACCGAAGUGCAACCACAGCCAAACAUCGGACAAGACAACCCCGCCGAGGCGAAAUCCGACGAAGCGGAACCGGAUCCCGAGGAAAUCAUACAAGAAUUCAUGAGGAAGUACGGGAAAGGGCCGAAGGCGAGCAAAUUCUUCGCACAAAUGUCGGAGGCAUGCCGGAAACAAGAAGAGGUAAUUCCUGCCCUAACCCCACUUACAAUUCCACCAAGACCCCAUACAUUAAUCGAAACACCCACUGCACAAGCCUUACCCACACACACAGAAAACCCCCAAAUUUUACCCGAAACCCUAACUCAAGAGACGAACCCCCCACACACUAUUCCUCAAACAGAAACUGAGCCCCACGCCGAACCCUCUGUAAAUAUAGAAGAAACUGAUGCUGAGGAGGGUGAUAGGAUGGAUAUGGAGGAAUUAGAGAGAGAGGAGGGAGGGGGUAGUCUAGGAGAGCAAGAAGAAAUACCGGAUGUAGAGGCCGCUGGGUCAGGGGAUGAAAGGGAAAAAGAGGAGGGUGAAGAUGGUGGGGAGAGUGAUAGAACAGAGGAAGUGGGUCAAGAAGAAACAGGGGAGGUGGAAGAGAAGGAGGAACAGGGUGUAGAGGAGACUGUGGAUGAUGGGAGGGUAGUGAGGGCAGCGUAG